UGGUGUGCAUAAGGAAGGCAACGGUGGAUGACCUGCUGGCUAUGCAGGCUUGCAAGCUCUUCUGCCUGCCAGAGAACUACCAGAUGAAAUACUACCUCUACCACAUCCUCUCCUGGCCCCAGCUCCUCUACCUUGCCAAGGAUUAAAUGGCCGCAUUGUCGGCUACGUCCUUGCCAACAUGGAGGAGGAGACUUCCGAGUGCCAUGGCCACAUCACCUCCCUCUCCGUCCUCACCACCCACCGCAAAGCUUGGCCUUGCCACCAAGCUCAUGAAAGCUGCUCAGAAUGCCAUGGAACAGGUGCUGAGUACGUCUCCCUGCAUGUUAGAAAGAGCAAUCGUGCUGCAUUUAAUUUGUACGCGGAGACAUUGGGUUAUAAGAUUCAUGAUAUGGAGGCGAAGUAUUAUGUAGAUGGGGAGAAUGCUUAUGACAUGAGGAAGCAACUCAAGGGGAAGCAGACGCAUCAGCAUCAUCACAGUGGGGGUCAUCACCACCACCACCACCACCAUCAUCAUCAUGAGCAUGGUGGUGGUUGUUGUUCCAGUGAAGCAAAGGCAGAGACGAGAAAUGCGAAGUAUUCAAUUGAUUUACAAUAG